GCUAUAACCACAUCAGUCGUAUAAUAAAAAUUUAAUUAUUUCAUCAAACAAAAUGCAACAGGAAUCGCCAUUACAACUCGGCUACAUAAAAACCAUAAGAUUUUUUUUGAGACCAUCAGGAUCAUGGCCAUCUGAUGUCUUCGAAGGGUACUUGCCUUUGCCCAUACGAAUCCAUAGGGCAACUUUACCAUUCCAUACCACCAUCAUAGUGAUGGGGGGGUUGUAUUACAUAACUGAUAAUUUUCAUCGGUUGAGUUUUCUCGACAUGGGACAUAUGAUUAUAACUACGUUUUUGGCAAUGGUUACAGCUCUUAGAAGUAUUCUACCAAACUUGCAGACAUACAAUUCAUUGCUAUGUAAAUUCAUACAGGAAUUUCAUUUGAUGCACCACGCUUAUAAAGGCGACUAUUUUGAAGAGGUGAACAAAACUGUUGACAAGAUCUCAUCUUAUUGCACAAAGUUUAGCACAAUAAUAAUGUAUUUAGCAAUAUUGUUCUUCAAUAUCACUCCAACGUACAACAACAUAAGACAUACCUUGAUAUCAAAGACUGAAAAUUAUUCCAUGGAAUAUUCUGUAUAUUUUAGUUUUCCUGGAUUCAACCCGCUCGACCACUUUGCAAGUACUACCGUUUAUAAUAUCUACUUAUCAUACAACUGCUCAACAUUGUUUUGUGGGUUUGAUUUGUUAUUGUUUUUGAUGAUAUUUCAAAUAAUUGGGCACGUGUACAUUCUGAGACACAAUCUCGAGAAUUUUCAGUCACCUAAGAAUAAAAUUACUCUCAAUUUACGGGGAGAUGCAUUGAUUACAAAUAACACGUGCACUUAUGAAGUAUUUGACGCACAAGAAAAUGAAGAAGUGCGCCUUCAACUGGCGGAGUGCAUAGAACACCACAAAAUAAUAAUUGGGUAUGUAAUUUUUGAUUACUUAUUGAUAUCAAAAUCACUUUAAACAAGUAGUAAUAUUAUGAUACGGUCUGCGAAGUCAUCAUCUGUCUUUGAAUCAGGUAAAUACCUACUUAAUUAACUCUACCAUAGAACAAAAUAUUUGUUAAUUAAAAUCCUUUAGAGAAUCCAUCAAAUCAAGGGAAAUUUAAAUGAGUAGGUACCUACCUAACGUCAAAUUCGAAUACAGGAUUCUUUUAUAAUCGUUAACAUCUUUGAUAUCACCAGACCGAAUAGCAAUCAAAUCACUAUGUAAAACUUAUUCUUAAUAUAAUAGCGCCGAAUCUUUUUUUAAUAAAUUAAUUGAUGAGUGCAAGAUUA